AUGACCAGAUCUUUUUAUCAGUUGAUGUGUCUUAAAUACAAGGAUGAAUCCUUAAAAUAUAGAUUACUAAGAUUUAUUUUGAAUCAUUCGUCUAUAGAAUAUCUUAACACUUCGUUCCUUAAAGCCAAAUUAGUAAUUACGCAUCCUAGUUUUAAAGUUUGUUUUCUAAACCUUAAAGAAUUCGAAACUACUAAUGAUUAUAGUCCUAAUUUCUUUAAAGAAUUAUUCAAAGUCUGUGUUAACAUUCAAGUAUUUAGGUUACAUUGCAACAAUGCCAAUAAGGAUAACAGUAAAUUAGCAAAGCUAAUUGAAGUACAAAAUAGAGUCAAAAAGGUGUAUACAUAUAAGUAUUUAUCCAAAUCAGGUGAAUUGGAGAAAUUAAUAUUGAAGGAUGCAAUAUUAAGUCAUGAUAAAUCGAUAGUUGAAUAUCAUAGUUAUGGAUUUACUGAAAUAGAUUUAUCAAUAUUGAGAUUUCAAAAUUUGGUAUCAUUACAUUUAGAAAAUUAUAAAGUGAAUGAAAUUGAUAUACCUGAAUUUAUCAAGUCAACUUCAUUUCCAAACUUUCAAGAUGGGCUUAAAUAUUUAGAGAUUGGUGGGUAUUCAAAAGAUAUUAAGAAUCUGAAGACUCUUCUUUUAUCAAUUAGACGAAAUUGUGAAAAAUUAGAGAGUUUAAUAACUUUUUAUGACUACAAUCUAAAACAUGAAAUCGGUAGAAUAUUUGAGAACUGCAUUUAUUUGAGAGAAAUCUAUUUAAGAUUAAUUGAUGGAAAAACUAUAAAUGCAGAUGAUAUAUUUGAAUUUAUGAAAAAUGCAAGAAAUUUAAAAAGCAUUCAAUUUGAAAGUUUUAUUAGAGAUUCGCCGAUUCAUAUCUUGAAAAAUUAUGAAAAAUUGGGAUUAUUAAAAUAUGAAAUUACAGGCGAGACACCU